CGCUCUCACAUCCUGUGGGCUCCCAGCGUGACCUCCUGCAGGAGGAGUAGGUGAUCCGGGAGGCGUUUAGGACCCAGGGGAAUGCCAGCCACCGUGCGGGGCUUUGGUGCCCACGCCUCCUACCAAAAAUUCACAGCCCGGUGGAGCUGAGGCGCUCUCAUUCACAGUUUUCGCGAGAGAUCUGAGCCUGAAGCUGGCAGAGAGGGAGCCUUCUCCCGCACCCAUCUCAGCAGCAAGGGCACCUGCAGGAAAAAUACCCCCAGGCAAGGCUGCGUGGCACUGUGAAGUGAGUGAUGGAAUAAGCUACACUUGUUUUUGGAUGGAUUACACUACAUACGAACUGAAAGUUAUACCUCCUUGCAAGGAUAUGAAAAAGGCCCUAAAACAAUUCUUUUCAAACAGCUGGGCAGCAAAAAGCUUUUGAAUGGAUCACACUUACAGCAGACCAUUAGUUGAAUGGGAUCAGCAUUUCUUCUGCUAAAUAAUCUGAAGUUAAGGAUCUGGAAAAGAGACUUUUGCAGAGAUGACCCAUUUACAAACUGGACUUAGUCCAGAGACUAUAGAGAAAGCCCGUCUGGAACUGAAUGAAAACCCAGACGUUUUGCAUCAGGAUAUCCAACAAGUCAGGGACAUGAUCAUCACCAGGCCUGACAUUGGUUUUUUACGUACGGAUGAUGCCUUCAUCUUGAGAUUUCUCCGAGCCAGAAAGUUUCACCAAACAGAUGCCUUCAGACUGCUGGCCCAGUACUUCCAGUACCGCCAGUUAAACCUGGAUAUGUUCAAGAACUUCAAGGCUGAUGAUCCUGGGAUCAAACGGGCUCUGAUUGAUGGAUUCCCUGGAGUGCUGGAAAAACGUGAUCACUACGGCAGGAAGAUUCUUCUGCUUUUUGCAGCUAACUGGGAUCAGAGUAGGAACUCCUUCACAGAUAUUCUACGGGCUAUUCUGUUGUCUUUGGAAGUUCUCAUUGAAGAUCAAGAGCUUCAGAUAAAUGGCUUCAUUUUAAUUAUAGACUGGAGCAAUUUCUCCUUCAAGCAAGCCUCCAAGCUAACACCGUCUAUCCUCAAACUGGCCAUUGAAGGGUUACAGGACAGCUUUCCUGCUCGCUUUGGAGGAGUCCAUUUUGUCAACCAGCCCUGGUACAUCUAUGCCCUGUACACGCUAAUCAAACCAUUUCUCAAAGACAAGACGAGGAAAAGGAUCUUUCUCCAUGGUAACAAUCUGAACAGCCUUCACCAGCUAAUACACCCGGAAUGCCUGCCCUCUGAAUUUGGAGGUACGCUUCCUCCUUAUGACAUGGGAACUUGGGCUCGGACAUUACUUGGUCCUGACUACAGUGAUGAAAACGAAUACACUCACACUUCCUACAACGCGAUGCAUGUGAAGCACUCAUCCUCCAACCUAGAGAGGGGGUGCUCACCGAAACACAUGACAAGGUCUCAGUCUGUGGUGGAACCUGGCACGCUGAAACAUGAGGAACUGGGUGAGAGCGAGAACACCCAACUUCUACUGGCUCUAGACUGAGUUCAGCAUCACCAACACAUACAAAU